AUGUUGAACUGUGCAGCUGAAAUCAAUUCAUAUACGAAUGAGAAUUAUAGACUAGGAAACUCUGGAUGUUGUACAGUGCGACAAUACCGCAGUGCAUUUUGCCCAGCACCGACUGUUGAUCUGCAACAAGCAGUGGUACCAUCAGUACAACAUUAUCUUGAACAAAUCAUACCAAUGUUACCGUCUAAUGUUUAUAUGAGUAUGAUACAAACACCUGACAAUCAAUUGUUAGUUGUACUACAAGAACAACAAACCAUUUCUAAUGAAUGUGCUUCAGUAAAUCAACAAUAUCAGACUGAUCCGUCAACUGUUCCUUUAACAAUAAUUAAUUCACAAGAAGAUCAAACAUCAAAAGAAACUUUUCAUUCUUUAUCAUCAUCUACAAAUAUAAAUCUAACUGAGCAGUCAACUUCGAAUAAAACAAAAGUAACGACCAAUGAGUCAAUAUCCGUGACAGAUGAUUCAGAAAUCAAAACAACUACUUCAUUUAUUUAUGAUUUAAAAAAAUAUAAAUAUGAUAAAUUUUUAUCUAAACUGUCAUAUACUUCUAAUCAUGAUUAUGUCAAAUUUGGUGCACCAACAGGUAUUUGUACUCUAACUGAUGAUCGUUUAUUAGUUGGAAAUUUUGAUCAUGAUUCACUUUUACUUAUUGAUAUAAAUGGUAUCGUUGAUAAAAUAUAUAAAGAUUUACCAACACCAAAAGAUGUUCGAUAUUAUUCAUCAAAUCCAUCACAAGCAAUUGUUGCUACCAGAAAAGAAGUUAUUAUUUUAGAUUUAGAUACAAGCCAAGUUGUUGUAAAAAGUCAACUUAAAGGAUUUUAUCCAUGGAAUGUUCAAUAUAUUAAAGAACUGAAUACUAUUGCAGCAUGUGAUCCAGCUGGUGAACGUAUUGUUUACUUCGAUAAAGAUCUAACUUACAUUGGUGAUUGGUCGUUUAAUAAUAAAAAUCAGCAAGCUUUAUGUCAAUCACAAUCACAACCUUACAACAAAGUCUAUCCUUAUGCAGCGUAUUUUUUGCCUGAUAAUACAUCAUUUGUAUUAACAUGUUGCAAUGAUAAAUUCCAAAUUGAAAAAUUGGAUAUUAGUAGAAAUACAUCAGAUGUGAUUUGGAAUAUAUCUCCAACAUUAAAGUCAUAUUCAAUUUAUGUUGAUAGUACAAGAAAAUGUAUAAUACCUGAUAAAGUUAAUCAUUGUUUAGUUUCAAUUGAUAAGGAUUCAAUAAUUGAACAAUAUACCUUUAAUUCUAUUCGAGAGCCACAUUCGAUGACAUUUUUAUCCACUGGAACAUUAUGUGUUACUGAUUAUAAUAAAUCAUAUGGAACUAAUGGCGGAAUAGCAAUUAUCAGUGAAAUCGAUUUAAAAGCCAAUCAAUAA